AUGGAUCCUUCGAAGCUCUUACUGGGGCUGACACUGGUUUGUGUAGCAUUUAGACAUGGCGCAACUGCGAAUGAGAACUUUGACGUUCACGUGGACAAGCUCGAGCGUAUCGGCGAUAGCGAGAAGUACUUCAAGUACAACUACACGUACGAGAAGAUCUCCGAGAUGAAGUUCAACAUCCAGGCGCAGGUGGAGCAACUUCUGGAGCUCGAUGACAGCUACUCGGUGAAAGGGUUGGUCGCCCGGGCAAACCUGGCCGAAGAUAGCGAGUACGAAGUGAUGAUGAACCUGCAGAAACCGCUCUGCGAGUGGAUGCGCACGAUCUACAAGUCGUACUUUUACGACGAAUUGGUGAAAGUAAGCAACUUCCCGCACUACGAUACAUGCCCACUUCCGGUGGCCGAGUACACCGUGAAAGAUUACGUGCUCGAUGCCGAACCGUACAGCGAUAUGAUGUCCGAAGGUCGUUGGAAGGUCGAAAUGAUGCUAAUGAAGGGAGACGACGUUUGUUCGGGCGUCAUCCUCAUGACAACGGUCAAGCCGAAGGGCUAGAUCAGGCUAGAAGGACGGAUGAGGAGUGUUUUCGUUUGAAACGGCAAAUAUAUUUAA